AUUUUUUUAUUUUAAUUUGAUUAAACUGAUUUUUUUUCUUAACGUUCUUGGCAUUUUGCCACACACAAAGUUAAUCAAAACAAUGUUGAUUAAGGUGUGUGUGUCUGAGAGAGAUAGAGAGGGUGAGAGGUGUCAGGUUCGUUGGCAGAUCAGAAGCGUGACUGAGAGUUCGGUUGCCCAGACGCGGAGAGACGGAGAUAACCGGCGUGGUUAUCUCCUGAAGGUGUAGUUUGGAAGGUUUUGAGGGCUGGUAAGCUUGGAGACUCGAUACAAAGUCUGGUGAGAACGAUGACUGAGCAAUGAAUGAAACGCCGGCACUUCCUUAAGUAGUGUCGGCGUGAUGACGUCUGUUGAGAAGCAACAUGUCUUUACACCAAAGAGUGUUCAUUCAAGAAUGUAAUUUGUUAUGUAACAUGAAUUUGUUUGUUACCCUCAGGAGGUGUCCUCUGUGGCAGCCAUUUUGAAGCAGCUAAAGAGGAAGCCCGCCUCUAUUGCUGCCUUUAUAUAGGAAAUGCCUGAGUGGACUGAUGUGAUUGGCCGACCUGAAUUGGAGGGGAGGUCGGAGAGUAUAUAGGUGGACUGCUGGGUGUGGCAAAGGGUCGUUUUUCCUCUCUGAAAGUGACAGAGACUGCUAAGAGAGUUGGAUGGGUGGCCAUUUUGAAUAGUGCUGGGAUUUUCUGAUUUUGUUUUUCGGACCAGAGGAAAUAAAACUGGUUUUCCUUGUCUAUCGACCAAGUCAUCAUGUUUCUUUUGUCCUCACUACACUUCACUGUGUAACAGUGGUGUCAGAAGUGGGAUAAGAAAUGAGAGGACGUGGAAGAACCCGUGGGACAAAGAAAAGCCCUCUUGAUGACAUGGAAGAAACAGAAGGUCGAACAAUGGAGAUAGAUACACCUCCUGAAGGAGCCACAGGUGGCGAAGAGGAUUUUGAACCAGUGGUACGGCCUAAGCAGACUACAGUUGGUACUGUGAGUAAAGAACUUUCUGAACUUGACAUAUUUGAAGAAAUGAGAGAGUUCAUGCGGCGUUCAAAGCGAACUGAAGCCAUACUGUUUGAGCAGAUUAAACAGUUGAGCAGUACCAUACCAAAGCUGCAGCAUGAGUUAUAUUCUGAACUUUCUGAGCCUUAUGUCCAGACUGAAACGUCUACAACAGCUGCUUUUCCAAAGCAAGAGGUCCAAAUGCCUCAGGCGUCAGGAGAGCCCCCUCAAGGACACCCAGCUGAUCCUCAUUCACCUUUACGACUGCCUGCACCACCUCAGCUGCAGCUGGCACAAAGCGUUCCAGCACAAAGGGUUGGCAGGAUCCAUGGAGGUGAACCUAGAAUACCUGACUUCAAAGAAGGUGAGGAUCCUGAGAGCUUCUUUGUACGAUUUGAGCGCAUGGCUAAGACAUGGGGAUGGCUACCAGCUGAAUGGGCUGCUAGAGUGGUCACAUUGUUGACUGGAAAAGCUCUUGAGGCUUAUGCUGGUAUGGAUGAAGAUCAGUCUGACUCAUAUGAUGCUAUUAAAGCUGCUGUGUUGUCUAAGUUCAACGUGACAGAAGAGACUUACAGGUACCGGUUCCAAAGCACCAGUGUACCCGUGGGAGAGACUGUACGAGAAACCUACAAUCGCAUAAAGGGACUCUACAAGCGAUGGAUGCGGCCAGACAGUCGGAGUAAGGAGGAGAUUGGAGAAACAAUCAUCUUGGAGCAGUAUCUGCGUGUGCUUCAGCCAGACGUCCGCACCUGGGUGAAGGAGAACAAUCCCAGGACAGGAGAGGAAGCAGCAAAUCUGGCUGAACGUUACCUAGCUGCUCACCAGGAACCAGCAAGGUCAAGGACUGCUGUGGGGCGACCAAGGUUUGGGGAGGUAACACCUCCAGUUACACCUGGUUUUGAAAGCUUGGACAUUAAAGGUGGUAAAAAGCCACUUUAUUCCAGUUCGAAGUUUAACCUAAUUUGUUAUCACUGUCAGCAGCCUGGUCACAAAGCUUCUUUGUGUCCACUAAGAAAACCUAAAAUGGUAGAGCUACGUGUGGUACCUGCCAAAGAACAUGGUCAGGAACUGUCUGAUAGUUUGAUUCCACAUAAGCAUGUGGUGGAGAUAAAAGUAAAUGGCAGAGCAUUAAAGGCUCUAACAGACACUGGUAGUUCACAAACUUUGGUAAAGUCUUCUAUGUUGAACAAUGUACUGCCUGACUUUAACAGACCUGUAAACAUUACCUGUGUUCAUGGUUGUCAAAAAGAUUAUCCAACUGCAGAUGUUACCAUAGAAGUAGAGGGCCAAGCCUUUAUGUUAACUGUUGGGGUUUUGAACCAGUUAGCAUAUGAUGUAGUUCUAGGGCAGGACUUGCCAAUCUUAGACAGCUUGGUUCAACAAAACUCUGCGGCAUUAUCUUGUGCAGUCGUUACUAGAUCUAUGAAAAAAUGUUUAGAACCACUCCCAGAUGCAGAGGACAAUUUGUUUGAAGGUGGGAGUAAAACCAGGAAAACAAAACGACAAAAAAGACAGGAGAAAAACAAGUACGAGUGUGUGUCAAAACUUGCUGAACCUGCUUUGCCUAUUACCCCACCUAUUGAUCGCCAGUGGCAGAUCCCCAAUAACUUUAAAGAGAGCCAAGAAAAUGAUCCAUCUUUAAAACCUCUUUUGCUCAAAGCACACGAAGUUCAUGGUGAAGAAAAUGUUGGGGGGGUCAAAAGUUUAGAUGGAGAACCUUUUAUAAUAAAGGAUAAACUGUUGUAUCUUGCUGAUAUUGAUGACCCCAGACUGGUGGUGCCUGAAGAGUACCGUGCCGUAAUCCUACAUUUGGGUCAUACUGUACCCUGGGCGGGACAUCUAGGACAGGCAAAAACAUACAAUCGUGUUGCUCAACGGUUCUAUUGGCCAGGAAUGUACAAAGAUGUUGUUGAUUAUUGCAAAACCUGUCAUGACUGUCAACUAGUUGCUCCCACCAAAGUGUCAGACAGAGCCCAGUUACAAAGUUUACCAAUAAUGGAUGUACCUUACAAGAGAAUAGCCAUGGAUGUCAUCGGUCCAUUACCCAAGAGCAGUAGUGGGCAUAAAUAUGCAUUAGUCAUUUGUGAUUAUGCAACCAGAUACCCAGAUGUUUAUCCAUUACGUUCCCCUCAGGUCAAACACAUUGUCCGGUGUUUGGUAGAUCUUUUUUCCAGAGUUGGCAUCCCAGAGGAGAUUCUAACAGAUCAAGGUACUAAUUUCAUGUCACACUUGAUCAAAACUCUAUAUAACCAACUUGGUAUAAAAGGUAUACGAACAUCUCCAUACCACCCAGAAACAGACGGUUUAGUAGAAAGAUUUAAUGGUACAUUGAAACAAAUGUUAAGAAAGUUUGUUGGUGACACUGGUAAAAAUUGGGAUAAAUGGUUGCCUUUUCUUUUGUUUGCCUAUAGAGAAGUACCACAGGCUUCAACUGGUUUUUCCCCUUUUGAACUUCUCUAUGGAAGGCAGGUCAGAAGCCCUUUGGACAUGCUGAGAGAGGGCUGGGUGGCUGGAGUGGCACAGGCAUCCGCAGAAGUGGCUUCACCAACGAACAUCGUCUCCUACAUACUACAAAUGAGAGACAAACUGGAAACAUACAGGAAACAGGUUAAAGACCACAUGCAAAAGGUACAACACAAACAAAAGUCAUGGUAUGACAAACAUGCCCGUGAAAGAGAGCUGAAGAUGGGCCAGAAAGUUUUAGUACUUUUGCCUACUGGACCAAGUAAGCUAUUAGCUAAAUGGCAAGGACCCUACACGGUGGGUAGAAAAACGGGUCCAGUGACAUAUGAAAUUAUCUGUCCAGACAAACGAAAAUCAAAGCAAGUACUUCAUGUGAAUCUGUUAAAAGAAUACCAUGAGAGAAAUGUCUCAGGACCAGCUGUGCAGCAGAUUCUGAUGGUUCAAGAACUUCAACCAGAAGACAGUAGUAUUGUGGAGGUUGGGGAGGAAGAGAUGAGUCCAUCCAGGGAUACAACACAGUCCAAAGCAGCUCCUGAUCAUCUGACUGAAGAGCAGCGGCAUCAGCUGAAUGAGGUGAAACAAUCUUUUCCAUCUCUAUUCUCGGACGUACCAGGCCGAACUGAUGUCAUAACCCAUAAAAUAACUGUGAAAGAUGCUAAACCUGUUCGUCUCAAGCCUUACAGGAUUCCAGAACGAAUGGUGGAACCAUUGAAAAAAGAGGUUCAAGCAAUGCUGGAGAUGGGAGUGAUUGAGCCAUCUAGAAGUGAAUGGUCAAACCCCAUUGUGCUUGUUCCUAAGAAGGACUCUGCUCAACUUCGAUUCUGUUCAGACUUAAGAAAGCUCAACAGUAUUUCCUGUUUUGACUCUUAUCCUAUGCCACGCAUUGACGAACUGCUUGAAAGACUUGGGAAGGCCAGAUAUAUCACUACCUUGGAUUUAUGUAAAGGUUACUGGCAAGUGCCUUAAGACCCAUCCUGCAAAGAGUACACAGCAUUUCAGAUUCCAGGAAUGGGCCUAUUCCAUUACACUGUCCUACCCUUUGGUCUUCACGGUGCACCAGCUACUUUUCAAAGAUUAAUGGAUAUUAUUCUUAAAGACUGCUCAAAGUGUGCUGCUGCCUACCUGGACGACGUUGUGAUUUACAGUGAGUCAUGGGAGGAUCACCUAAGACAUCUGAAGACUGUGUUGGCAAAGAUCCAGAGUGCUGGUCUGACGCUGAAUGUGAACAAGUGUGCCUGGGCACAGAAGGAAGUGAAGUACCUAGGUUAUCUUGUUGGACAUGGACAGAUAAAGCCACAAGUUGAGAAGGUGAAAGCUAUUCAAUCAAUACCCAGACCCAAGACAAGGAAGCAUGUGAGGUCAUUUUUGGGUUUGGUUGGGUGGUAUAGGAGAUUUAUUCCACAUUUCUCAACUUUGGCAGCCCCAUUAACAGAGCUGACAAAAAAGUCCAACUCCAAAGUCAGAUGGAAUGAUGACUGUGAACUUGCUUUUCAGUCCUUAAAGAAGCGGAUAUGUCAAGCUCCUGUUUUGCAAAGUCCUGACUUUUCCAAGCCCUUUGUUGUACAGGUGGACGCUUCAAAUGUUGGCCUUGGAGCGGUACUGGCUCAGGGAAGAGCUGGUGAGGAAAAACCUGUUCUGUUCCUGAGUAAGAAGCUGUUUGAUCGAGAGAAAAGGUACUCCACAGUAGAAAAGGAGGGACUAGCAAUAAAGUGGGCUGUGGACUCUUUAAAAUACUACUUACUUGGAAGAGAGUUUAUUCUGCAAACUGAUCACAGUCCAUUGUUGUGGAUGCAGUCCAAACAACACCAGAAUGCCAGAAUAAUGCGUUGGUGCCUGGCCCUCCAGCUAUAUCAGUUUACCAUACAGCAUUGUCCAGGUAAGAAAAACCUUAUUGCUGACUA